AUGGCGGCCCUGACAUGUGAUCUCGGCGCACCAGUCAUAAAAUGCGGCUACCUUGCAGCUGAAGCGAAAGAUCCGGAAGUCGAUUGCGAUGGACCGCAACAUCAACCUGAGAACUUUGCCGCCAUUCCCGAGAUCGGGAUCGCCUCUGGCAAUCGCGACAAUCAUGGACAUCGAAAGCGCCUCAAGGGCUACCCGGGCACGGGAGCAAGGAAACGAUCUGUAUCGGAAAGGUCGGCUCAGUGA